AUGACAGCCAGACCAGAGAUGAACAUCACUCUGCUGAAGAAAGGGAUGCAUUCUGCUAGUGGUCCAAAUGUAGUGGUUGUAUCGACCAGACUUUCAAAACUAGCUCAGAUUUGGAAAUCACUGGAUCAUGGUGGAGAACAGACACUGAAACCUGGUCUGAGGAAAUAUGCCUGUGAACUCACACUGGACACAAACACAGCACACAGAAACCUCAAACUGUCUGACAACAACAGGAAGGUGACAGCAGUGACAGAGGAGCAGCCAUAUCCUGAUCAUCCAGACAGGUUUGACCACUGGUAUCAGCUGCUGAGUAGGAAUGAGCUGACUGGUCGCUGUUACUGGGAGGUCGAGUGGAGAGGAGAAGUUCAAAUAUCAGUGAGUUACAGAAGAAUCAGACGGAGAGGAAACAGUCGCUACUGUAUGUAUGGAAGAAAUGAUCAGUCCUGGAGUCUGAGGUGUGAUGAUGAUGAUAAUGAUUGCUCUGUCUGGCAUGAUGACACAGCCAUCCAUCCUUCCCCCUCCUCUGUCUCUAACAGAGUAGCAGUGUAUGUGGACUGUCCUGCUGGCACUCUGUCCUUCUACAGAGUCUCCUCUGACACACUGAUCCACCUCCACACCUUCAACACCACAUUCACUGAACCUCUGUAUGCUGGGUUUAGGUUAGGUCCUGGUUCUUCAGUGUAUCUGUGUCAUCUGUAG